CUUUUCCUCGGCACUCUGUUCUCGUCCCAAAACGACUGCCAAAGCGCGCGCGACACACACAGAGAGAGCGAGAGAGAGAGAUAGAGAGAUGGGAGUGAUCCGAAGGAUUUCGAGUCUUGAUCCAAAACAAGGUUUGGGAAUGGCGGCACGAUUCGGGAAGCAACAAGAAGAGAAAUUGCUCGCAUCGAACAAUGGGGAAGGAGGAGGAGGAGGACUGGUUUCAGGAACGCCCCAAGCAUUCGACGGCAACGGGAUGGUUAGAGUAAGCAAGGACAGCGAGGAGUUCAUCCUCUUGCGACAUAGGUUCUACUCAAGCAUUGGGUCGCUUGUCCCGCAUUGCUCCUUGGUGGACCUCCAUCGCGUCUUGUACUCGACCCCGACUAGGCGAACACGGUGGGAAGCCUUCCAUCGGUCUCUCGAGGCCGUGGCGCAGAAGCAUGACGGCAAUGCCAACGACAAGUUCGCGUUUGCCGAAGCUUCCAAGGACAGAAUCAUUCAGAUCGUCAACGACGGUUUCGAUGUUUCCGGGACGCCCGAGGACGGUGGAUACUUCGGACUUGGGCUCUAUGUGACUCCGGAGCCUGUCGCCAUCAACAGCGUGAUGUCUUCGGUCGUCGAUCGCGAUGGAUUAAGGCACGUAAUGUUGUGCCGUGUAAUCUUGGGCAGAACGGAAGAGGUUGUUCGUGGCUCCGGACAAUCUCAGCCCGGUUCGGUGGAUUUUGAUUCAGGGGUUGAUGACAUGAAAUUUCCCACACGAUAUGUCGUGUGGUACCCUGAGGUGAACAGUCGUGUUCUACCUCUGUAUGUCCUGAGCAUCAAAGUGGACUUCCGCUCAAGAGGACUUCGCCAAGAGCCUAUUAGCAGACCAACAUCACCAUGGAUAUCCAUUAGAAACCUGAUAUGUGUCUUGUCCAAGUGUUUGCCCCGUUCCACAAUGUGCCAAAUCAAAAAAACCCAUUGCGAGUUCAUGGAGAGGAAAUUUUCUCGGCAGCAGCUGGUAUCCCGCAUUCGACAGGUAGCGGGGGACAAGAUUCUACUAGCGGCAAUUAGAUCUUUUCGAGCUAAGCGAGCAGCAGCUGCAUCUCUUGCUUCCAGGAGGAGAGAUUAGCACAAGCAUCGUGCAUUUUGCUACGUGGGGUCAUGUAACGCAGGUGAAGAUAGAUUGCUGAAGAAACCACGUACUAAAGUAAGCAGGUUGUUGUUGCCUUUGAGAGACCUUCGACACCUCUGACUCCGUUAACAUACCAUAAACUGGGAUGC